GACUUCAUGUAUUGCAACACAUGUUGUCAAACAAAGUGAUGAAAUAAUUAUUGUUUAAUAGAUAUUAGUUUAUCUGAUCCGACGAUUCAAACUGAUUGAUGGAUCAACUGAUACGAAGAUGAGUGCCACAAGACUGGGCACACACUUGUUGUUGUCGUUGCGACCAAAUGUGAUCAACCAAUUGAUAGCAACAACUAGUUGUCAGAGAUGUUGUUGGCUUCAAAGCUCAAGAAAUUUGAAAACAAAGUCAAUCACAAGACAAUCGUUGGAACCAUUGGAUGAACUGACUGACAAAGUAGUGGUCAACAAAUUAUCGAUAACCAGACAGCGAACCGAAGAACCAAUUGGUUUUGAUGCGCGUUUUGGCGAUACUUUUGGUACACUCGGCGGAAACGAUGUAAGAUAUAAGACUCGUUUGGCCGCCGAAGACUUGCCCGACGACGACGACAAGUAUGACGUUCUGGAGAUUAAGAGGGGAUCGAAAAAGGCUGACAUUUGGUACAGAAAACAAUUAAAUAAAUUGAUUAAACAAAAACCAAUUCAAAUUACAAAAGCCUUAGAGUUGUACAACAAAAUGAUAAGCGAAGACCGUAUUCCUCCCGAAAAAACAUUGUAUACAUUACUAAUCAAUGGCUGCGCUAAAGUUGGUUACACUCGGAAGGCAUUUGAUUUGUUAGACGAAAUGCUAAAAUACGAGAUAAGACCCAGUCAUCAGGCCAUCACUGCAUUGUUCAAUGCCUGUGCCGAAUGUCCAUUUCCUGAGUUUGGUCUCGAAAAGACCCGAUAUAUGAGACAAUGGAUGAAUGAAAAUAGAUUCAUUGCUAACACAUAUCAGUAUCACGCAAUGAUUAAAGCUUACGGCAAAUUGGGAGACAUGAAAUCGGCCGUCGAAGUUGUCAACGAAAUGGUGGCCAACGGACAGACCACUACUGAUGAAACGUUUGCUAUGCUAUUGAUUGGCUGUAUUUCCAACAAACAAUCGGGUCUUUACGAUGCCAUCAAAAUGGUUCAUCGUAUGAUGUCUCACAGGACACCGUUGACUAUCUAUACAUUUAAUCUAUUGCUGAGAGCAGUCAGAGAUUGUGGUAUAGGUUCUGAAGAGAAUCUUAAAUUACUAAUUGAAAGAUCUUCUCGUCCAAUACAAGAACCUAAUGUUGACAAUAGAAAUAAAAAAAUGUCGAAAUUGAAAAACAAAUAUAAAUAUAAAGAUAAAACUGACAAAAGAUUUGAUAAUAUAUCAAAUAAUGAGUUAUCAAAAGCUAGUCCUUACGACACAUCACUGAUUGUCAGACCACCGAACCUAUUGAUGCAAAAUAGUCUGAACGAGUCAAACAUUAUAUCGAUUGAAUACAAUUCGCUGACCAAAGCCAGCAAUCGGUUUAUGCUUUUGGGUGGCGUUGAAGGAUUCAUUCGGAUGAUGAUUGACUCGGAUGUCAUACCAACUAUCAAUACAAUGACUCUGAUGACUGAAUUGAUAGACUUUGCCAAUGAAUCUGAAGAUGUAUUGUUGAAGUUAUUCGAUACAUAUCGUAUAAAAAUUGACACCGAUUUCUUCAAUAUUCUUAUAAAACAUGUUUGCUAUCAAAGAGGUUCACUCGAUGCCAAACGUAUCUAUACAUUGAUGACGCAAAGAGAUCUUAAACCAGAUAUUGUUACAUUUGGUGUAUUAUCGUUGACUUGUAAUAACUAUCAAUUAGGCAAACAAUUGCUCGCAGAUAUGGAUCAGCUAAGUAUGAAAGCUAAUAUCCAGAUUCUGGGAGCGCUUGUGAACAAUGCGUGCAAAGCUAACAACUUUUCUUACAUUAACCAUAUUAUUGAUUAUAUGAUCGCAAAUGAGAUCAAUCCGGACAAGAAAUUUGUCGAAAAGCUAGAAAUGACUAAAUUAAAUGUUCAAAAUAUUUUAGCUAAAUAUGACUGGAAUAACACCGAAAUUGAUAUUAACCCGAAAUUUAAAAGCCAACGAUUUCGUGAAGAAUUUUCAUUGUUUAAAGACAAAUAUUAUAAAUGGAUUAAAAAGAUAACUCUCGAUGAAGCGCCACAUCCAUGGUAUCAAUUCCAGUUUGAAGAGUUGGACAACAAAAAGAAAAUGCAUUCAUUCGUCAAAUUCAUGAAACAAAAGAUUGCUAAAAGAAGAGAACUCGAUGGCCAACCAGUCGAUGAAUUGGCCGAUUAUGAAGAGGACGAGCUCUACGAUGACUAAACAUAUGAUAUAAUGAUAUUAAUAGAUGUUUUAUAUUUACAAAUAAUUAAAAAC